AUGGAGUCUCCUCUCUGCGGUCCCCGCAGCUCCUGUUACUCUGCCAAACCCUUUUCCUUUUCCUGUGGGGCUUUGUCCCGCUCACUGCAGCUCCUCGUGGUUUCACGGCCCCAUCACCUGCUCUUUCUUCCUACUGCGUUUAAACUGCCUGACAUCGGCGUAUGUCAGGGCCGGGUUAGGUCGAAUAGAAGCCGCACAUUAUUUAGGAGAGUGCCGGCGCUGCCUCCUGCUUCGCCGGGUUAUUUUGGGGCCUACGGAUUGACAAAACCCGAUCCUCUGCUCGGCCGCGGCCGCCGGACCCACAGCCCAACUUUCAUCACCCGCUGUCCCUCGGCACGCCGGUGCCACCCGCUCCGAGCGCCGGGAGCAGGGGCUCGCCCCGAGGUUCCCAGCCACGCCCCGCCAGCAGCUUCGCAGCACGGCGGACCUCCACGGCCUUCUGCACGGCGCGGGGCGGUGCGGUGCGGCGCGGCACGGCGCGGCGCGGCGCGGCACGGCACAGCACGGCACGCCGGAGGCGGAGAGGCGGCGGCCCCGGCCCCGGCUCCGGCUCCCGCCGCGGAGGCGGUGCUGCUGUACCGGGACAAGUCGAACCUGUACCCGAGCGGCGUGCAGGCGGGGCCCGGAGGGGCCGCGCUGCGUCCCAACGGGCAGACCAAGUCGCUAGUGCCUCAGCGGCUGGCGCUGGAGUACAUCGUGCCCUGCAUGAACAAGCACGGCAUCUGCGUAGUGGACGACUUCCUGGGCAAGGAGCUGGGCGGGAUGGUGGCCCAAGAAGUGCGAGCCCUGCAUCACACCGGCCGCUUCACCGAUGGGCAGCUGGUCAGCCAGAAGAGCGACUCCUCCAAGGACAUCCGCGGCGACAAGAUCACCUGGGUGGAGGGCAAGGAGCCGGGCUGCCAGACCAUCCGCCUGCUCAUGAACAGCAUGGACGAUCUCAUCCGCCACUGCAACGGCAAGCUGGGCAACUACCGCAUCAACGGCAGGACGAAAGCCAUGGUGGCUUGUUACCCAGGCAAUGGAACAGGAUAUGUUCGCCAUGUUGAUAACCCAAAUGGAGAUGGAAGAUGUGUUACGUGUAUAUAUUAUCUUAAUAAAGACUGGGAUGCCAAGGUAAGCGGAGGCAUCCUUCGGAUAUUUCCAGAAGGUAAAGCCCAAUUUGCUGACAUUGAACCCAAAUUUGAUAGACUGCUAUUCUUCUGGUCUGAUCGCCGCAACCCUCAUGAAGUACAGCCAGCAUUUGCUACAAGGUACGCAAUAACGGUGUGGUAUUUUGAUGCAGAUGAAAGAGCACGAGCUAAAGUAAAAUAUCUAACAGGUGAAAAAGGUGUGAGGGUUGAACUUAAUAAACCUUCUGACUCGGUUGGGAAAGGCGUUUUAUAAGCCUUUGUUUUAGCCACUCCUCUUGCUAUUCUCCCUGAGAAACCUUGAUGCUAUCUAUUAACUUUUGAAUGUGAAUAACAAGGUAAAGGAAAAUCAACAACAAACCAACAUUUUAAUAAAGAAGCAUACAGUGUUUCCAUGUUGCAUCAAAUAGAAGAUUUUUUUGACUGCUGAAGCAUUGUACUAUGUGAUUGUCACUCCAGGCCUGUGACUGCUUAUGUGAAGAAGAUAAGCAAUCAGUAAGGAACAACAUAUGCAUCUGGACAUAAACAAGUGCCCUACAUAGAAUUUGUUCAUCCUUAUAUUUUGCCAGACCUGUCAUCCAGCUGAAUCAAAUUCAUCACUCCUUUUUUUAUAUGGUAAAAGUUUGAAUUUUGGGUAAUUUUUGUAUGACCAGGUACCGUUUAUCAAAAUUGAGUCUUAAAAAAAAGUAAAAACAGAAAAAAAAAAAAGAAAAAAACUACAGUAUUCUCCAAAAUAACAUGAAUCUAUUUUUGUAAAACUGUUCAUACUGUUCUCCUCUGCCAUGAAAGACCUAAUGUAAGGGUUGCCAGUAACUGAUAAUCACUUUAAUUUUCUUUACACCUUAAGUCAGAGAAGGAGCACUUUAAUUACCAGCUAAAAACCUGAUUGUUUUAUAUCAUAUCUCACACUAAUCUUAACUUUUAAAGAUUGCUGCUGUAUUGUUUUUUGACUAUGUCCUCUUGAACCGUAUUAACAGAAGCAAAUCAAUAUCUUGCUACUAGUAACAUUCAGUUUGUGGUUUUGUAUGUUGAAUCUACAGAGGGAAGUUUCGGUCUCUGUUUUUGGUUUUGUUCUGUUUUUAUUUUGUUUUGUUUUUAAGUGACUGGCACUAAGUGAACUUGACACUAUCGGUUGCUGUCAUUGGCUUUGGGGACCUGGUAAAUACCAUCAAGAUACAAGAACAUACAAGGGCUUUCCUAGGCUAUUAGAGGUACCCACAACCUCCCUGUGUACUUUACAGAAAUUUUUGAGCUUUCUCCCUUUUCUAAAGAAUACUUGCCAUCCCCCUUUCCUUUGUAUAUAAGUUAACAGAAUAUCUAAAACUCACUUUUUAAAAAAAUGUCCUUUCCAAAUGUUGCUGUCCUAUGCAGUCUUCAAGUAAGUUGACACCUUGAUCUAUCAUAUAGCGUCAAGGAAAUGGUCAGCACACUGAAGGUGAAGCGCAUCACUGUAGGCUCCUUCUGCAGUACACCUUUAGAAUCUCACUGUGCUGAAGGAUUUCCCCCCC